AUGACACGACAGGAACUCCAAGACCUGGCUUCCGAAGGCCCGAUCGUGGUGGUCAACAUCUCCGACAUCAGGAGCGAUGCGGUCGUGGUGACCCGGUCGGGCAUCCAAUCCAUCUUUCUGGCUGACUUGACACGCACAGAAGUAAUGGCCUGGCUCCGAGAAGGUCUGACAGUAUUUACGCCACAUGAGACACCAGUAGAUCGCGGUAAGAAGAACAAAAGGUACAUCCACUUUCUCCACUGGCUGUGGGAGAAAUGUGUGCGGCAGGUACUGCUGGUAGUCUACCAAAGUGUCAACCUCACGUCAGGCUCGCUGCCUCGCAUCUGGUGGAUCGGUGUCGGUGUCGCCAGCUCUCUGCCGUUUCAUGCCGCCGGUGAUCACUCGGACGGCUCAUCUGAUAACACGCUCAGUUGGGCCAUUUCCUCAUACACCCCGACCAUCAAAGCACUCGCCCACGCCCGCGGGCGGCGGUCGACACUUGGACGAGAUCGCACGACCAAGCCUCAUCUAUUAAUGGUGUCGAUGCCCACGACGCCCGGAGAAAGAGCCCUUCCUGGAGUGACCCAGGAGAUCUGUGCCAUACAAGAAGCCACUAGCACUGCCUUUUCCCACGAGUCCUUGGUCCACACGGACGCUCGAUCGGUGCUGGCGCGCCUUGAGCAUUGUGAUAUGGUGCAUUUUGCCUGUCACGGGACCUCGGAUGCCCUCGGCCCAUUUAACAGCAGUCUGUCAUUGCAACAUGACCCAUCGGAGGCCGCAACAGUUGACCCUCUGAGUGUGCAACAGGUCUCGAAUGCGAACCUCGGCCGGGCGUCGAUUGCCUAUCUAUCGGCGUGUUCGACCGCCGAGAAUCGCGCCGUACGGAUGAUGGACGAGGUGAUCCAUUUGGCGAGCGGGUUUCAGGUGGCGGGGUUUGGCCACGUUGUGGCGGCCAUGUGGCCCUCCGUCGAUGCGGCAUGUGUAGAGAUGGCAACGGGCUUUUACGGGCAACUGAAGGACGGCCUUGGAGAACGAGACACGGAUCGCGCGGUAGCAGAGGCUGUUCAUAAGGCGACCAUGCAGGUUCGGUCGAGGUUGAGGAGAAUCCCGCUCAGUUGGGCACCGUACAUUCAUUUCGGAGCCUGA